AUGGUUAUCAAGAUCGUCCGAUGGUGUGUCUUGACGUUCACUCUCAUCUUCGCAAUCGUGGUGCUUGGUAUAAGUGGACACCUCUUAGCCAUUCGACACACACACUACUGGCACUUUGCUGCGCUUGCGGUCGCAGUCUCUUCCCUGACAAUUCUGACAUUCCCUGUUAUUCUCCUGGUCAAUACCUUACUAGGUAGUGAAGAUCGCACUUCGACAGAACGCAUCUUUGGCGAGGCUCUUUGGCUAAGUAUCAUGUGGAUUUUGUGGCUCGCAACUGGAGCUAACGCCACUCAUGCGGCCCGCGUACACUUCUUCUCAGGUGGUUGUAGCUUCUUCUCUGGCUUUUCCAAUAAGAUUUGCAAUGAGUUCAGAGUCGUGGAAGCUUUCGCUUAUAUCAACUUCAUCAUCCUGCUUUGCUACACAAUCGGGUUAUUUGCGUAUGAGUUCACGCGCGACCGGUCUCAGGUUGGCCAUGUCCAAACCUCUGAGGUGCAAGCUCCCAACACGUCAGGUCAGUAG